AUGCCAGUUGAAGCUCAACGACAACAAUUGUCCCAAAUCGUUUCUCAUCAGCAUAUUUUUAUAUCUUGUAGAGCAUCAUCGGCUCAUAAACAAUCUCUUGAUGAAGUGUUAGCAGAUAAAGGAAUUUUGGAUAAAAUUUCUGAUACAAAAGCGUGGAGUCAUACUGCUGCGUUGGAACAAUUGUAUUCAGUGCUCCAUAAUGAUCCACAACGAGCAUGCUAUGGUCCCACUCAUGUUGAAUUUGCAACAGAAAGAGGGGCGGUGAAAACGCUGAUGGUAACUGACCAACUUUUCAGGUCGUCUGAUGUAUCAACACGCCGGCAUUACAUUAAGAUAACCGAGACCGCCAAAGCAGGCGGUGCUGAAGUCCUUAUUUUCUCAGAUAUGCACGUUUCUGGCGAGCAGCUUCAACAAUUGUCUGGGAUUGCUGCGAUUUUGCGGUUCCCGCUUCCUGAAUUAGACGAUCUUGUUUGUCCAGCUUCUUUUUGA